AUGAGAAAAACACCAUCCAAUCAAAAAUGUCUUGGCACUUUCAAUAAAUUAAUUUCACCAUUACCCAGUACCUCGAGUGAUUCAAGAUAUCAAAACUUGGAACUCAACGAUCCACAGCAGCUGUCUUCAUUAUCACCAAAUUUAUUUGAAGAUAUUGAUCUCGAUAUCAAUCAGUUACCGUUUGAAAUUGAGUCAGGUACUGAAAACAAUGAUGACACAUCAAAUUUAAUGUCAGUGGCAGAAGUCAACGAUUCCCAAAAUAAUUUUAUUAAUGAUAAUGGACCAUUUAACAGUCACGAAACACAGAUAUGGUUAAUUAAAUCUAUCGCUCAACUUAAAAGUGACGUUUCAAUCAUAAAAAAAUCUGUAAAUGCUAACAAUCAACUUCUAAAACAACUUCUGUUUGACAAUCAUCCAGAAAAUGAUUUAGAACUUGAUAAAUUAAUUUUACAGUUCCCUAUUGGAAAUGAAACUGUUUUAUUUGAGAUGGAAGAAAAACUGACCACUGACCAUAUUGCAAAUAAAUAUUUGAUUAAAAAAAUGUCAAAACUAAUAUCAAGUGACUACAAACAGAGUAGUUUUAGUCUAAUGAGAUUUUUAAUAACCAAUGAACUGGCAACAAAAAUGACCUUUUUUGGAAAAACAUCCAAACUAGCGUUUGGAUCAUUAAAAUUAUAUGCAAUUUUAGAAAAAGUCAUGUUGAAGAAUAAUCCUGAACUUACAGUAAAAAAAUUGCAAGAGCCAAUUCAAAGUUGGUUACGCCAUGCAAAUGAAAGAUUCACCGAACAAAAUUGCCAUGUAGAUAAUGUAAGUUAA